AUUGUAUUGUAUGAUCUUCUCCAGGGUUCUCCAUGUUUGCAGUCACAGUUAGAAACACUCUUUGCCGGAGUAAUUAUGCCGUUCAAUCCGCAUCACUACUUUUCUAUAGACAUGCCCAUGCACAUCCAACCCCACAACAAGAUCCCCACCAUCAUAAAUCUCAUAUAAACCAUCACAGACGGUUAGAUCUUCAUGAUUGGCCCACCUCAAAAGACCCUACUCCGUUUGAGAUUUUCAACCUCAAGCAGAAGGACAUGGGAAUGCCCCAAUUAGAAUUAAAGCGGCAUAUCAAGAGACAUUACUUGGCGUAUGUGAAGUUAUACCACCCUGAUACUAGUCUUACGAUUCAUGAAAAGGGGGAAGAACUUUCUGCAGAAGAGAAACGACGCAGGUUUGAUCAGAUCCAACAAGCGUAUGACUUGCUUAAAGAUCCGCGACGUAGAGUUGCCUAUUCGCGGUAUCAAACUGCGAGAACUCGUGGUCCAACAUAUGGCCCAGCUCAACAUGGGUACACUAAGGAACAUUUUGAAGCUUAUCGUGCUGCCAAUGCCCAGAGAAGACAAUAUGAUUUUCAAAACAAUGAAGAAUUCUGGCAGGCAGGAACCUGGGAAGAUUAUUACCGUAUGAAAUACAAACGAGAGCCCCCAACCAAGGAAGAAUUUGAAAAGAACAAGUAUAAGAUCUUGGCUGGAGUCAUUGCAUUUGGAGCAUUGGGAUUUGCAUUGCAGAUUGUGAAUACUUAUAAUCGGACCAAUGAAAUGUUGUUAGAUAGCCAGAAGCGGACCUUGAAAUCAAUGCAUGAUCUUAACGAACAUUCUGACAAUUUUGGUCAAGGAAACAGUGAAGCUGAUGGACUCAGGAGAUUUUUGGUAUCUAGAAGGACUUCACUCAAACUGAAGAAAUAUGACGAGGAUACUGAACCAGAACCUAAUGACAAAGAGUUGCUUGUAAAGUAUGCCAAGAAAAGAGUGGGACAAUGGGAUAAAGCAGCUGACUAGAUUAUAUUAAUAUGGUUAGAACACACACAUACACAUACAUCUAUAUAUAUAUAUAUUUAUUAUUGCAUGCUAACAAUUUUUG